GUAGAGCAAAGAGGCGUGGUUUAGGUCUGGAUCGAGGCUUGGAUUGCUAGCCCCGCCCACACAUGUGGUUCUAAGUUGAACGUGAAGUGUCGGUUAUAGGCUAAUUUGUCGGUGCAGCGCGGGAUAUCAUGGCUGAUGAUCUGGGAGACGAGUGGUGGGAGGAGACAACCGGGGACGUCGGGGAUGAAGGAUUCGUCAAUAAAGCUGCAAUUUCUCCAAGUGCUGGAUCAUCUUGUUUCUUUCCUACCAUUUGGACACGAAGAGUCUGGGAGGGGAUCCGUGCACAAGACCUAGCAGGAGUCCAGUGGGCAGUCCUAUCACUGAGUGGCACAAUCUCUGGACUCAUUAGAAUAGAAAGAGCAGGGAUUUUAAACAAACCCGUGGAGGAAGUUAAAGAGAGUGCGGAGAGUGAUGAAGAACCAAAGCCAAAGAAGACCAAGAAAGCAGAUCAGCCUACAAAAAAGAAAAAGAAACAGGUGAAGGAAUGCAUCUUAAGCAAACCUGAAGAAAAGGAGGAGACGGCAAAAAAAUCAAGGAAGAGGAAGAAGAAGACAAUUACUGAUGUUCUUGCGGCAUCUGCUCCAAAACCUGGAACUCCAGAAGAUCUUCAGAAUCUUAUCGAGCAAUACUACGGCAAGACUCGAUCAGUGAUUGAGAUGGAGGAACUCAAGUUACCAGAUAAUUGUUUUGCAAAAGAAAAUGACCUCAGCCACACCUUAUCAUCAUACCUGAAGGAAGUCUGCCCCAAAUGGUCAAAACUAUCAAAGAACCACAAAGAGAAGAAAUCUAUCGUCCUGCUGGUUGUGUGCAGCUCUGCCCACCGCACCCUGGAGCUUAUUAAAUUAAUAAAUGCGUUCAGAGGCGACACCAAGAUCAUGAAAUUAUUUGCAAAACACAUUAAGAUUAAAGAUCAGAUAAAGUGGCUGGAAGAUCAUGUCGUUCACCUGGGAGUGGGGACUCCGGGGAGGAUAAAAUCUCUCAUAGAACAAGAUGGGCUCACCUUGCAGUCCUUGAAAUACCUGGUUUUAGAUUGGAACUGGCGAGAUCAGAAGUUGCGGAGGAUGGCGGAUAUACCGGAGGUGAAGAAGGAGAUGCUUGAACUCCUCGUGUCGGGUCCCAUAGCUGCCUGCCGAGAAGGAUCUUUAAAGAUUGGUUUAUUUUAACUUUUGCAUUAGAAGCAACGUUGAGCCUUUUAUCCUGCACAUUUCUGUUUAAACCAGUGACUUUUGUUUAUUCUCUAUACACAUGACUAAUAAAACCUGGCUUUUUGUCUUAACUUUCUG